UAUACAUAUACGUUUGUCACUUUGUCUUCAAGUGAUAAGAUAUCAGUUGAAAUUGACUUAUGUUCAUACUUAACGUUAUUUAACAUGAGCAAUUAUCAAAACAUUGGAGGAUUGCGCCACAAGUACAACGAAAGCCACACAGCUUUUACAGAAAGUCAUUUAGUUAGCGACGACCCAAUAAAACAGUUUGAUCAUUGGUUCCAAGAAGCUAAAAAUUGUUCCAAAAUCCUUGAACCAAAUGCUAUGUGUCUUGCAACAUGCAAUAAGCUAGGUAGACCGUCUUGCCGGUUUGUCCUUUUAAAGGGUUAUGGAGAAGAAGGUUUUACAUUUUAUACGAAUGGCGAAAGUCGAAAGGGGCAAGACAUGGAAGAAAACUCUUAUGUGUCUAUAGCGUUUUAUUGGGAACAUUUAAGCAGGCAGAUCCGGAUCGAAGGGCAAGUUUCAAAAUUGCCUGAAGAAGAAUCGCUUAAGUAUUUCAAGUCGAGGCCGAUUUCAAGUCAGAUCAGUGCUGCUGCGAGUCAACAGAGCUCUGUUAUAGAAUCCCGUGAAGUCCUUGUUGAAAAAGCAACAGAAUUACAAGAAAAAUUUGGUGAUAAUGUUGAAAAACCAAAACAUUGGGGAGGAUAUCUUAUCAACCCGGACAAAAUUGAAUUUUGGCAGGGACAGAGCAAUCGACUUCAUGAUAGAAUUAUUUUUGAAAGGAAAGAAGGAUCUGCCUGGGUGCGGUACAGGCUUGCUCCAUAAAAAAAAGUAAAAAGUUAUAAUAAUUUGUUAAUUAAUUUUAAGUACAGAAAAAUUACACAGUGAUAUUGUAUGUACAAGUGUGAUUUUUUUUUUGUUUUAAUUAAUGUCUAAAUUAAUUUUUAAGUCAUGCCUUUGAACUUGGCUUUCAGCUUUUUAUUUUUGCAUGAACGUUUUACAUAGCUUCUUUUGAUUUUCACAGAUUACACCCUUCACAUAAUAUGUAAAUGAUUUAGAAAGUAUAUAUAUUUUUUUAUA